UAAAUUUGUAUAAACCCUAAUUCCUUUUGUGUAUUCCAUGUCCAUGAGGCUUCUACAAUUGGGCUUGUUGCUUGCUUUGGCAUCUGGAAUUGCAGUCAUUUUCAUUUACAUUGCUGGCAUCUCUAAUCUCUCCGUAUAUGGCAGUUACCAGCUCAAUCAUGAAGACACAGAAGCGUUGCAAUCGUUGCAGGACAGUUUCGAGAAGUGUGUGAGUGCAAAUGGACUUGGCCUCAAAGCCGCUAGGGGUGGAGAUUAUUGUGAAACCACAAUAAAGUUCCCCAUUGACACCAUUCCCAAAUGGAUAGAUCCUAAAACUGGUGAACUUGAAGCUUUGUCUUUUGAUUUCAAUCUAUGUGAAGCUGUGGCUACAUGGGAACAGGUGCGGAAUAGUACUACUAUACUCACCAAGGAAUUCAUUGAUUCUUUACCAAAUGGAUGGGAGGAAUAUGCAUGGCGUAGAAUCAACAAAGGAAAACUUCUCAACCGCUGUGAGAACAAGACUUUGUGCAUGGAGAAACUUUCACUGGUGCUCCCUGAAACUCCACCAUACUUCCCAAGGCAGUUUGGACACUGUGCUGUUAUUGGUAAUUCAGGAGAUCUCUUGAAAACAAAAUUUGGGAAAGAGAUAGAUGAUUAUGAUGCUGUCAUUAGAGAGAAUGGUGCUCCAACACAGAAUUACACUGAUUAUGUGGGUAGGAAAAGCACAUUUCGUCUUCUAAACCGAGGAUCUGCCAAAGCACUUGAUAAAGUUGUAGAAUUAGAUGAACAAAAAAAAGAAGUCUUGAUAGUAAAAACAACAAUUCAUGAUAUCAUGAGCAAAAUGCUUCAGGAAGUUCCCAUAAAAAAUCCUGUAUAUCUCAUGCUUGGUGCAUCCUUUGGUUCAGCGGCAAAAGGAACUGGACUUAAGGCUCUGGAAUUUGCGCUCUCUAUGUGUGAAUCAGUGGAUAUGUAUGGUUUCACUGUGGAUCCUGGUUAUAAAGAAUGGACAAGAUAUUUCUCCGAAUCUCGUCAAGGUCAUACCCCAUUGCAUGGUAGAGCUUAUUACCAGAUGAUGGAGUGCUUGGGACUUAUCAAAAUCCAUUCUCCCAUGAGAGCUAAUCCAAACCGUGUUGUAAAAUGGGUUCCAAGCGACCAAAUUAUCAGAAAUGCUAGGAUUGCAUCAGAAAAAUUAUUGAGGAGAGUCGGAGCAGGAUCUGGAGAUCCACUGGGUGCAUGUUCCAUUAUUGAGAAGCUAGUUAAACGAAAUCUAAAUGCAGUUUCAAAGCUCCGAAAGUCGGCACUUGAUCACAUAAAAUACGUCAAGAGCACAACCAUGUAUCCUUUGGAGCAUAGUCCUGGACAUGGAUUGCUUUGCACUGUGUCAACUGAGUGACUAUAUAGUGAUUUAUUGAGUUCAGCUCGUGCUGUCAGGAAGCAUCUAACCCCCCAAAAUUUUACCAAAUCUUUUGUUUGUUCAUCUUUUACAAAAUAUAUUUGUUUAUUGACGCUAAAAAAAUAGCGAUGAAGCACCCUUCUCCUCAACAAUGUGUCAGCAAAGCCCUAUAUAUUUUAACUCAUCCCCUUCCUGCAGAGGCACAACAGUUUAGUUUUUUUUUUUUUUUUUUUUUUUUUUUUUAACUACAAAUGGGCCACACAUAAAAAAUUGUGCCUGCAACAGGCGAAGUGAUGCCUCCUGUUGCAACUCUAAUACCCAUAUUUUAUUCAUGCUCAUCCCUUUUUUUGUCAAUUUUUUUUUUUGUUUUUUGUUUUAAAUUGCAGUUGUUUAAUGAAAUGAUGCAGAACAGCUAGGAGAAAGUUUUGUGUCAUGUAUAUUGCUCUGUUGACAUACAAUGAAUUGAGCUGUAUUUUUUGCCCUCUUUGAAUAGUUUUAGAGCAAGAGUUAGAGCUUGACAUGCUCCUGUAUGCCUUGCUGUUUUCGUUUUGAACUAUGUUGCACUAUUUCCUUUGAA